AGUCAACAUCAGCUGUUGUUUAGUUUAAUAAACGUCAAAUAUAAAAUAAUAUAAAUAAACAUGUUGACAAUGUGGAAAUUUAUAGUUCAUAGAAAAUUCAGUGAGAUUAUUGUGGUUACAGUGAUUUAAUUAUUUUUUUUUUUUAUAUCUAUAUAUUUAAACUGUGAGUUGUGUUUGUGUUUUUUUUUUUUUUAGUUAAUAUUGUGGUUUUUCUUUGUGAAAAAUGAACGGGAGCAUGGGUUUACAUAGAACUGGUCCUGAACAACACCCAGCAAGAUUUGCUGAUUAUUUUGUCAUUUGUGGACUUGACAAGGAUUCUGGUCUUGAACCAGAUAAAUAUUUUGGUGAUUCACUUCAAUCAACACCACUUGAUCGUGCAUAUAAAAGUAAAGUAUUAGGUCACUAUCCAGAUUCAGUAAUUUGGAAUCCAUUUGAUGAGCAUGCUGUUUGUAUGUUAUGUUUACCAAGUGGUUUACGUUUUCGUACACAAAAACAUUCAAUUGAACCAUCAUUUCAUUCAUUUGUAUUGACAAAAGAAGAUGGUAGACGUACAUAUGGUUUUAGUCUUGUAUUUUAUGAAGAAUGUCGUAAUCGUAAAAUAUGUGCUGCAAUGCAAACAUUACAAGCAAUGUUUAUAACUGAAUUAAGUAGUGGACAAAAUGGUACACCACCAUCAUUACGUAAAACUCAAGAUAAUUCACAUAAUACAAGAUCAUUACCACGUCAUUUUAAAUUAUCAGCUCAUUCACCAGGUGCAGCAUUAGCAUAUUAUGAUUCAACAAAAGAUAAAUUAUAUGUUACAAAAUCAAUAUCAUUAAUUUGUCAACAAGCAUAUAUAUAUGCUGCUAAAAAAUUUUUAACAAAUUUAUAUAAAUGUUUACCACGUCAUCCUGGACCAGGACUUAGUCUUGAAUCAUAUGUUUAUAAUUUAUUAUAUAAUGUACCAAUACCAUUACCAGGUAAAUCAUUAAAAUUUUAUAUACCAAAUGAUGAACCAGCUAAAGUACCACUUGAACUUGUAAUAUAUGGUCCAAAUUUAUCAAAUGAUUUACCAUUACUUGAUUAUUCAAUGAAAGAUGUAUUUACAUGGCUUGGACCAGAAUGUUUAUUACAAUUAUUUACAUGUGUAUUACUUGAAAAUCAAGUAUUAUUAAGAAGUACAGAUUUUCAUAAAUUAGUUGUUGUUGCUGAAUGUAUAACAUCAUUAUUAUUUCCAUUUACAUGGCAACAUGUUUAUGUACCAAUAUUACCAGCAAGUUUACAUCAUUUUUUAGAUGCACCAGUACCAUUUAUUAUGGGUUUAACAACACAAAGUGAAGGUACUAAUUUAAAAGUUGCUAGUGAAGCUAAUUUAUGUUAUGUUGAUAUUGAUAAACAAACAAGUCAAUUUCCUGAAGAAUUACCAGUAUUUCCUAAAAAAAUACAAUUUCUUGAUGAAAUUAAAAUAAUAUUAAACAAGUACAAAAUACCAAAUUGUGACAAGACUGAUUGUAUGAUUAUUAAUUAUUAUGAUGGUGAUAUUAUGUCAAGUAGUUUGACAUUACCACCUGGUAAUGGUUUUCAUAUGUCAAGAAGAAAACAUUCAUUGCAUGAUGUAUUAGAUUGGGAUAGAAAUUGUGAUAAUGUACAACAACAUCAACAACAUCAUCAUCAUCAAUCUGAUGCAGUACAAAAAGUUAUUGAUAUUGUUAAAAAAACAGAUAUUAAUAUUGAUGAUAUUGAUGAUAUUAAAACAACCAAAGAUAAAGAAUUAACACCACAAGAAGAAUAUAAAGAAAUUUUAAUAUUUAAUAAUGCUAUUAGAGAAAUAUUUCUCGAUCGUUUUGUUAAACUUUUUUCUGGAUAUGAACAUUUUGUUAUUCAUCCAAAUCAGGACAAAAAUGAUUGGUUAAAUAAUCGAGAUAGUAUGCAUGUAUUUGAUAAAGCAACAUUUUUAUCAGAUCAACCAGCUCAACAUUUGCCAUUUUUAUCAAGAUUUCUUGAGACACAAAUGUUUGCAUCACUUGUUGAUAAUAAAGUCAUGUCAUCUUGGACUGAAUUGGAUUUUAAUAUUAAAGUUUUUGAUAAUAGAAUUUCACAAAUUAAAAAAAAAAAUUGUGAAGGAAUAAUUCAAUCAUCAAAUUAUCAGCUAGCUAAUACUAUAUUAGAGAACCAAAAAUUAUUAGAAAAUAAAUUAAAUAAUGUUGAUUUUGAAACUAGUCCACCUAAUGAAAUUGUACCACAUCGUGCUGCAUAUUUUAGAAUAUUUCCAUUGCUUGAUAGUGUUGCAUUAAACAAAGAACCAACUCAAAGUAUACUCCGUAGUAGAAAAGGCCAAACACAAUGGAAAUAUAAAAUGAAAUUAAAUGAAUCAAAUGGUAAACCACCAACAGUACCAAAUCAAGAAAUUCAAUCACCACGUCCACAAACAAAAUUAUCAGCUGAUAUGAGUCCAGCAUUAAUUGCCCAAGCAAAUUGGACAUUUGUUGAAAAAUUAUUAAAAGAUUGUAAAUCAAAAACAAAAAGAAUGUUAGUUGAAAAAAUGGGAUCAGAAGCUGUGGCAUUAGGGCAUGGUACUGAAUCAUUAAUUGACGUUGAAGAAAAUACAUUGGUUACCAGUUUGUGUGAUUUAUUAGAACGUGUUUGGAGUCAUGGUUUACAAAAUAAACAAGGAAAAAGUGCACUAUGGACACAUUUAUCAAUGUAUCAAGAAUUAGAAGAAUGUAAUGAUUCUGCUAAAUCAACAAAUCCAAAUUUUUUAUCACCAGCACCAAAAAUGACAACAAUUAAAAGUCAUUCAUUCAGGGAUCUUCUGGUAUCAUCAAUUAAAACAAGAAAUAUUAAUGAAAUUACUUCCUAUAUCAAGGAAAAUUUUAAUGAUUUAUCAAAUUUAGCUAUGGAAACUGAUGUAUCACCAACAAGAGGAGGACCAGAUAAACGUCCAGGUGAAAGAAAAUCAAUUGGUCCAGAACAUUUACGACCACUUCCAGAUUCAUUGACAUUUGAUAUUAGAAAUGUUCAAGCAAUGACAGAAAUUAAAACUCAUAUUGGAUAUGCCAAAGCUUUUAUACGUCUUAGUCUUGAAAAAAAAGUAUUAUCAAGACAUUUAAAAAAUUUAUUAUCUGAUACUGGUUUAUUAAGGAGCCAAUAUAAAAGAUCAGCAUUUUUACGUUGUGAAGAAGAAAAAGAACAAUUUUUAUAUCAUUUAUUAACAUUAAAUGCUGUUGAUUAUUAUUGUUUUACAAAUAAUUAUCCAACAACAAAACUUCCAUACAGAGUUAUAAUAUUUCCAAGUAGAAAAACAAGUGCAUCAACAACAUCAGCAAAUUCAUGGAUAAUAAUAUCUGGUACAUUAUGUGAAACAAAUCCUGUAUCAAUACCAAAAGGUGCACUUGAAUUUGUAUUUCAUCAUAAAAAUCUUGGUGUAUUAUCAACAUUACGAAUUGGACAUGAUAGUAGUGGUAUGUCACCAAAAUGGAUGGUUGAACAUGUUGUUGUACGUAAUGAAGUUACUGGACAUACAUUUAAAUUUCCAUGUGGUAGAUGGUUAGGUAGAGGUAUUGAUGAUGGUUCAACUGAAAGAUUAUUAGUUGGUACAAUUGUACCAAAAACAAUACACAGUGAUGAACUUGUUGAAACAUGUUCAACACCACCAAGAUGUCGUUCACCAAGUAUACCAAGAAAAACAACAAAUUUAACAAUUGAUGAGCUACAAAAUAUGCUUAGAGAAUCAGUUAAUGCUAUUGUUAAAUUUCAUUAUCGUAAAGAACCAACAGAUGGUUCAUUAACAGCAUUAUUAUGUGGUGAUAAUGGUCUUGUGUUAUCAUUAGAACAAAUUUUUUUAUAUGGUUUUAAAAAUCAAAGAUUAUUUGGUAGAAAUUUUUAUGUAUGGGAUUAUUUAUUGAGAAUUAAAGAAAAUUUCGAAAUGACGCUAUUAGAAGAAAUGAAUGAAUACUCCAAAAAAAUUAAUAGAGAUCGAAGACUUCAUCAUGUUGAUAAUAAUCAAAGAUUUACUAUUUUAAGAUGUUUUUGUCAUUUAAUUGAUCAAAUUAAUACAUUUAGUCAUACAUUAGGAAAAGAUGGAAAAUUUCAAUUAUUUAUUUGUCUCUCUGCAAGAGAACAACUACUUCAUCAAAUGCUAAGACCAAUGUGUGAGGCACGUUCAACUGUUGAAAUGUAUGAAGAAACAUCAUUUUUAAGAAAUAUUAAUCUUUUAAUGUUUCUCAUUCAAAUUCUUGAACCACUCAGUGAUUUUCAUAUUGUUCUUGAAAAAAGUUUAACUCAUGGAAUUUCAAGUAUAUGUUAAAAUUAUUAUUAUACAAAUAAACUACACACAAAUUAUGUACAAUAUUGAAGUUGUUGCUAAUUAGGUAUUUAAAUAUUACACUUGAGAUAACACAAAGUUUUUAAAAUGAAUAUUUAUAAAAUUCAUUCGUACUAAAUAAAAAUUCUUACAAGAUUCAAGUCAUAUAUAUAUUUAAAAGCUGAGAGAUAAUAAAAAAUUUAAUUCUAAGAAUAUUUAAAUAAUAUUAAAACACAAAUAUUAUAUUCGAAAUUUUAAUAAUAAUUGUCUCCGGCCAUGGUAACUAUAAUGAUCCAAAAAAAAAAACAACUAAUCUUUUAUACUAAUUAACCAAAGAUACUCAAAAUAUUUGUUAUAUUAUUUCGUUAGCUGUUGGUCUUUUUUUUAUUGUGAUUUAGGCAAUAAUUCCAUGACAUAUUUUAAUUUUAAAUUAAUAAUACGUAGUUUUCUUGAUGUAUAUAAAUUAAUUGACAUUUUAUUAAUGAUAUAUUUUCUGUGAUUUACAAAAAUUUAUAUACCAGUUUUAUGAUUUAAUUGUUUUUUUAGUUUAACAAAGUGUUUUUAAUGAAUUAGCACUAUAAAUACCUCUAAAUAUUUCAUUGAAUUGAAAUGAUGAUCUGCCAUAAAAACUAAUGAAAAUAAAUCAUUGAUAUUCGUUUUUUUUUUAAAUGAAUAGUAAAAAGUAGUUUGAUGUAGUCAUUGAAUUUUGUCUUGUAUUACAAUUUAAUAUUAAAGUUUGAUUUUAUUGUCAACUAAUCAUAAUAAAAAUAUAUAUAUAUUAGACAUAAGCUGAAUAAAUAGGAUUGAAGCAAUAAUGUAGAUGAAAUAUUAAUAUUUUCAAAGCUCCUAAUUGCAAAAUGUUAAUGAUUAAUUAAUCGGCGUCAAUACUGUCUGUGACAUUAUUUAAAUAAUUUUAAUUACUAAAAUACUGAAAAAAUAUGAAUGUUCAGACAAAAACGUAUUCAAUGAGUUUAUACGUAUUGAGUUUUUUUUUUAUUUUGACUAUUUACCUGAUAGAAAUUAACUUCGAUUAUUAGUUGUUCGAAAAUGUUUAUAAAUACUGUCAAACCGAUUUAAAAAGAAAAAAUCAAGGUUGUAUUAUGAAUAAAGAUUUAUUCUUUUGGAAUAUCGAAUUCUUGUUUGUAAAAUGUAUGUAUUCAUGAAUUAAUUAAAUAAAUAUUUUUAAAAAUGA